AACCAACGUCCAUUAUCCAUGCCUCUUCCAUUACCUUCCUAUAUUGUUACACCGCCUCCAGAUUAUAUGAUGACACCUACCGCCCUUCUCGGAAAAAAAUUGGAUAGAUGCCGUUCCAUGCUGGUAGCAUCGACACCACGUGAGGAAGAUGGAAAAGAAGAUCUACCCGACUACAGUUGUACGGUCUAUAAAAUGGGCUAUGUCUAUAUUAAGAAAGAAUACGAUAUGCCUCAUGUCAAGGCGAAAUGGAGACGAUGGAGAAAACUUUAUGUAGAGUUAUGGGGUACAGUGCUUAAACUUUAUAGAACAGCACCGAAAGCGACACAACAAGAAUCUACAACAACAACAACAGCCAUGGAGCAUUAUCCUUGGCUAUUCAGACUUCCUUAUCAGUAUUAUUAUAAAUAUUACUAUUGUCCCAUCGUUUCCAUAUCUCUGGCAGGAGCGGAAGCCGCUCGUGCACUAGACUAUUUUAGGCGACCUAAUGUCCUCCGUCUGACAACGCAACAGGGACCACAAUUACUCAUGAAGUUACCUUCACAUGUAGACAUGAUAUCAUGGAUAGAACACUUGCAAGCAGCCAUCAACAUAUCACUUGACUUGGAGCAACGUCCUAUGCCAAAAUUCAUCACCAUCCAAACCCGGGGUUUAGCUUCGAAUAUACCAGAUUCAAGAGCCAUAGCAUUAGAGCGAGCACGUGAGCAAAGAAGGCGAGAUCAACAUGAAGUCUUAAUUUGA